UCUCCACCACACUUCCUCUUUAACAUCCGCUCCCUCGGUUAUUUCUGCAGGCAUGGCGCGCUCUACAUCUUGUGUCGCAGCAGCUGCUCUGCUUCUGCUGGUGGCCCUGGCGGCGGUGCCGCGGAGGGAGGCGGCGCUGACGUGUGGUAAUGUCGUGAUGUUCCUGUCGUCGUGCAUCCCGUACGCACGGGGCACGACGGCGGAGCCGUCGGAGGCGUGCUGUAGCGGGGUUCGGGGGCUGAACGAGGCCGCAAAGACGACGCCGGACCGGCAGACGGCCUGCAACUGCAUCAAGUCGACCAUCUUCUCUCUGCCCGGCAUCAAGCCCGCCGUCGUCAGCGGCGUCCCCAGCAAGUGCGGCGUCAGCGUCCCGUACCCCAUCUCCACCUCAAUCGACUGCUCCAAGGUGGAGUAAUUAAGAUAGAAUACGUGGAUUAGAA